UUAGGUGUACUGAAGUUCUACCAAAAUUUGACAGCACUAGCCGUUUUCGUUUGAAAAGAAACGUACACUACUGAGAGGAUUCACACGCUGCACUGCUAGAGAGGAAUGAAACGUCCCGGAACAAAAAAAAAAAAAUGUAUUGCCUUACCCGACCCCUGGACCUGGUGUGCAGAGGACGAGUUAAUGAACUCAAUGUGGGUUUCAAAGCAUCUCUGGGCAAAUAUAAAGAAAGGACGGCAUGGCUUGUUCCGCAGCCCCUUGGUGUGCCACCCGGAGCUCCAGCACCGCUUUCUACACUGCACCUGCUGCCGGACGAGUCGCAUCGCUUCUGCGGACAUCGAUCUCCUCAACCCGUCUCAGCCCUGCCUGGAUAGCAAGGACGCUAAACCGCUAGACGCGUGUUACACACCGGAGCAGCGCGCUGCCAUUCUGCAGGUCCUGAACACCGCCUCAGAGAGCGAGCUAUCUUCUGUGAAGAUGCUCCGGGGAAGGAAAUCGAGCAACAUAAUCGAGUACAGGACCAGGAACGGACCUUUUAAAGACCUGCACAGCGUCAUGAACGUACCGCUCAUAAAACAUAAAACCACAGAGGUCGUGUUCAACUCCAUUCUCAACCCGGCUGACCGGAGCGAAAGGAGGAAGCCUAAAGUCCAGGCUGUCAAGUUCAUCAAACCACAGAUCGAAAGGAAGAGGCUUGAGGAGGCAAGCAGUGUAGUUUCGUUAGUGUUUGGAACCAACAAGAUCGCCUGGGCUCACCUGGAGCGGGGGCGGAGUGUGUUGGAGUGGCAGCAGGAGGAAUGUGACAGGUUCCUGAGAGGAGCUUAUCAGGCGUCCGUCUACUUGGAGGAUAUUUCACCAGUGGUGGCCAAGAUCCCGGAAGCAGACUUCUUCAUUCUGGAGAAGCCGGGGAUAUCCCUGCAGAACACCAACCUGUUCCCCAUCAUGCUGCACCUGCGCACGGUGGAAGCCAUGCUGUACUCCCUGCUGGGGGCCCGCUUCCAACAGGACGGGCAGCAGAGGGUGCUGAGCAUGGCACGCACGGCCGUGGGCAAGCACUUCGAACUGAUGGUGGGGGAGUGCAGGACCAGCGGCGCGGAGCUGGUGCGGCAGCUCCUGUCAGACUCGGUGACGCAGAAGCACCCUCGUGUGGCCUUCCCCAAGAGCAUGGUGGUGCGCUACAGGAACAUGUUCCGGCUGGGAGUGAGGAACCAUAGGGAGGAGAUGUGCGAUGCGUUGCUGCAGGCCCUGGCUUUUUACGAGCUGCUUGAGGGAGACUGAUCGGGGCUUCCUGAAAGAUGAGAUACUCGCGUUCAUUCGUGUUGGGUAGUGCAAACCCCAGCCUUUAUCCUGCUGGACGAUUAGUACAUACUGUCACAGCUGCACCGUAUUGGAGGCUGUUUCACAAGCUGCUCUUCUGUGAUCCUCUGGUCAACCCUUGCACAAGGUUUUUGUAACUUUUUAUAAGAAUGUUUUAGAAGUUGUGUGGCCUAGAAGAAACAGUAGUAAUAAAACAAAUCUAAGAGUACA